AUGUGGGAUGACUGUUUGGCGAAAACUAGAGUCCGAUUUCUUCCUGCCCACAAGAUUCACACGAUUGCUGUUGAUAAAAUCCCGCAAGACGAUGUCAUGUACAAGCUCCGAACAGUUAAACCUCUGGAGAAGGGUAUGGGGGCCCCGUAUGCACCGGAAGGCUGGGGUUGGAAGGUCGGGAAGCGGGUGGGCAAGGACGGAUGCUAUGUAGACCGCUACUGGUUUCCGCCUGGUGCUCAGAUGCUAUCAAGCAGCAAGGAAGUGAAAGCUUUCCUGGCUGACAAGCAUCCUGAUUGGGUGUUUGAGGAAUUCGUUGUGAAGUACAAGUCAAAGAUUCCUGCCGCUCUUCAGGAGACACAAGGAGACAUGCCUGUCAUCUCCCAGCCGGUUCCAUAUGCUCCUGCCAGUUCGGAAGCGGAGGCUGCCUCAAAGGCAGAAGUUGGUACCGCAGCGCCAUCAGCACGCCCUGACUACGCUCCUCUCCCUGAGCUCUUCUCAGAAUACCCCCCUGUCCCAGUGGGGGCAAAGGGAGUAGGCAGGCCAUAUGCUCCGGAUGGCUGGGUUUGGGGAGUGGGUCAAAGGGUGAAGCCAGAUGGCACCUUUGCGGACCGCUACCUUUGGCCUCCUGGAGCAAGCGGCACUCAAUAUGUUGCGAGCACUGUGGCGCUGGAGCGGUGGUUGGCAGCCAAUCGGGUUAACUGGGACGUGCUGAAGUUCUGGGAAGUAUACAAAAAGUGGAUUCCUGCGAUUGUGCCGCAAGGAGACCCGGGGGAUGCAGAGCCAGAUGCGCGCGAUGCUAUGGCCAACCACGCCGAGACGUCCGCAGCUGGCUCGGCCAAGCUGACACCUAGGACAUCCUCCAUGAGCUCGAGCAGAGGUCGACCUCUUCACUCGAGCCACGGCGACCUGUACGACUACGGCGAAGCUUCUCCAAGCCCAGAGAAGCCUCGAAACAAGCGUGCUCGCAGCUCAGGUACCGUCCACGAGUCCCCUGCCAGGUCAUCCACCCCCGUCUCCAUCAAAGACAUCCUGUCCAAGUGGCAGCCACCAGCCGGGCAGCCCUACUUCCCCGCGGUUGUUCUGCCAAAUCGCAAUUGGCACGAGCACCUGCCGCCGGCAUCAGAAGGGGCUCUUUUUGUUGGGCAAUGCGUUUUCUUACGGUCUAGUGAGGGUGGGGAGUUGUCCCCCUACGUCGUCCGCGUCACCGAGAUUCUUGUAAAUCAUCCGGAGGGGAAAGUUGCAGCGGGUUAUGCUUUUUACAGGCAGAGUGACAUUCGGCAAAUAGAGGGCUGCGAGACGUUCGAGUCUGAGGAUAUUCUAGGAGAAUUGUUUGUCUCUUUUGAGAGGAUGGAAUUUUCUGCAGACGAGAUUGAGGGUCCCACAGUUGCGGACCCUUACUUCUGGGCGGACCAGGACGACAUGCACUACAAG